AUGGAGAAUUCUAAGAACCUCAGUAUACACCAGAACCCUGCGGGGGCCCCUGGGGGGCCCCCGGGGGCCCUCAGCAGCAAACCAGAGACGAAGGCCAAGGCAUGCGAGCAGCAGCAGCAGCAGCAGCAGCAGCAGCAGCAGAGAGCAGCAGCAGCAGCAGAAACAAUAGCAGCAGCAACAGCAGCAACAACAGCAGCAGCAGCAGCAGCAUCAACGAUAGAAGACAGUGCUGCUGCUGCUACUGCCGAUACACCCUGUGCGUCCCCUUCUGCUGCAGCAGCAGGUGCAGCAGCAGGCGUAGCAGCAGCAGCAGCAGCAGCAGCAGCAGCAGCAGGAACAGCAGCAGCAGCAGCAGCAGCAGAAGGAGAGGGAGCAUUAAGAACAGGGAGAAGGCGACCCACCCUAACCCUAGCAGAGCUCCCCAAGAGGGUUUUAGAAUGCCAGGUAAAACCCUAA